GCCAAAAAACAAGUCAACCCGACUGCGAAGCAUGCGCAGUGCGCGGAUGCCAUAUUGGAAGGAGAGGGGAGCCGUAGUCGCGGAGGAAGAGGAGGGAGAAAGGAUCGGGAGCCACUCUGGAUCGGAACCCGAGUGACGCCGGAGGGGCUCCUUGGGGGCUCCCGCGGAUGGGGAGGGAGAGGAGCGGGGACAAGGGAGCGGGGAAGCAACUUCCUGCAGGAAGCAGACUCUCCAAGAUGAAUUAAGAGACCCUUUACCUGAGCAAUGGAGACAAGGGGCUCUGUGAUCUUCAGCCUGCAAGAGUCUCAACUUCACUCUGCAGAGAAGAAUCCAAGUCCAACUAAUGGGAGCACAGAGCAGUUUGAUUCAGAAGAUGAAAGCUCCAAUUCUGAGGAUGUUGAUUUCAACUGGGAUGAAUACUUGGAAGAAUCAGAAUCUAUUGCUGCCCCUCAUUCUUCAUUUAAGCACGUUGAAAUCAGCCUCCAGAGCAGCUUCCAGCCAGGCAUGAAGCUCGAAGUGGCCAACAAGCAUGACUCAGACACGUAUUGGGUGGCCACGAUCAUUACGACGUGUGGGCAGCUCUUGCUCCUACGGUAUUCUGGCUACGAAGAUGACCGCCGAGCCGAUUUCUGGUGUGACGUCAUGACUGCGGAUCUCCACCCUGUAGGCUGGUGCACCCAGAAUAACAAAGUGUUGAUGCCUCCCAAUGCAAUCAAAGAGAAAUACACAGACUGGACAGAGUUUCUCAUACGUGAUUUGACUGGUUCACGAACAGCACCUGCCAAUUUAUUAGAAGGCCCUCUGCGAGGGAAAAAUCCUGUAGACCUCAUUACAGUUGAUUCCUUAAUAGAGCUGCAGGAUUCGCAGAAUCCCUUUCAGUACUGGAUAGUUAGUGUGCUUGGAAAUGUUGGAGGAAGAUUACGCCUUCGCUAUGUGGGACUGCAGGACACUGAAUCCUAUGACCAGUGGUUGUUUUACUUGGAUUACAGACUUCGGCCAGUUGGUUGGUGCCAAGAGAAUCAAUACAGAAUGGAUCCACCUGCAGAAAUCUAUGCUCUGAAGACUGUGGCUGAAUGGAAAGCUGCUCUGGAUAAAUCCCUUAUUGAAGCAGCCAAGUCUCCCCUGCCAGUGGAAGUGUUUAAGGAUCAUGCUGACUUGAAAAACCACCAGUUCAUGGUGGGAAUGAAGUUGGAAGCAGUGGAUGUAAAAGAGCCAUGCAGUAUUUGCCCUGCCACAGUAACAAAGGUUUUUAGUCACCAUUUUGUCCAAGUAACCAUUGAUGACCUCUGUCCGGAGGCAACAGCCACCACGAUCCUUUGCCAUGCCGAUUCCUUAGGGAUCAUGCCAGUCCAGUGGUGCCUUAAAAAUGGAGUCCAUCUCACGCCUCCCAAAGGGUAUUCAAGCCAGGACUUUGACUGGGCAGAUUACCAAAAGCAGUGUGGAGCAGAAGCAGCUCCCCCAUUAUGCUUCAGAAAUGUUUCCAGCCGAGGCUUUACGAAAAAUAUGAAGCUUGAGGCCGUCAACCCCAAGAAUCGAGCUGAAAUCUGUGUGGCAUCUGUUUCAGCAGUAAAAGGAAGAUUAAUGUGGCUCCAUUUUGAGGGUUUACAGGUCCCUGCUCCAGAAUACAUAGUUGAUGUAGAAUCGAUGGACAUAUUCCCAGUUGGGUGGUGCGAAGCGAAUGCUUACAGGCUCCUGGCACCGCAUAAACCAAUUUUACAGAGGAAGAGAAAGAUUGCUGUCGUACAACCCGAAAAGAAGGUACCACCUGGAGUGCCUGUUGAAAAGAUGAUACACGACCCCUGUGUUAUUCCACAGGCAGAAGCAAUGGGUACCAUCAACGGGAGGUACAGCUGCCCAGCCCUGUUCAUCAACCAUCGCUGCUUCUCAGGACCACAUCUGAACAAAGGAAGGUUGGCAGAGCUGCCCCAGUCUGUGGGCCCAGGGAAGUGCGUGCUAGUCCUUAAAGAGGUCCUUAGCAUGGUCAUCAACUCCGCCUACAGACCCGGGAGUGUUUUGCGGGAGCUGCAACUUGUGGAGAACCCCAGGUGGAAUUUUCAAGAGGAGACCCUCAAAGCAAAAUACCGAGGGAAAACCUACAGAGCGACCGUCAAGAUUGUCCGUACAUCUGAUCAAGUCCUGGAUUUCUGCCGGAGGGUUUGUGCUAAGUUGGAAUGCUGUCCGAAUUUAUUCAGCCCUGUUCCUGUUACUGAAGCCUGCCCAGAGAACUGUACCAUUCAAACCAAAACUAAGUACGCUUGUUACGAUGGAAGGAGGAGGAAAGUCAUUAAGCCUCCAGCUAAUGAGAAGGACAGCCUGCGCAGCCUGGUGAACCGAGAAGGCAAGCCAGGCAGGCAGAGGAAGAGGCGGAAACUCAUCUUGGUGCACAGGAAGAGGCGGUCGUCCGCAACGGAUUUCAACCCAACAGAAUCUGCAGAGGAGAGUGAUGAGGAAGACUCAGAGGCUCUGGAUGAUGAGACUUGGAGUGAGGAGACCAGCCCAGAUGCACACACUGACCAGGUGGACACCUCUUCCUCAGACCUGCCUCCAACAAAGUCUACAAGCACAAUGAAGUUGCGCAGCAGUGCCGAUAUGGACCGAGUCCCUCACUCCGAGAGAGGAAGAAGAGCACAGAAGGCAUUGUCCCUCUUGCACGCCAAAGAAGAGAAGAGGGCUCGGUUUAAACAAGAAAUAAAGCAAGAGCCAGACGAAAAGCUCAUUCUGGAGACGAACCCCUUGGGAUGGACUGUAUCAGACGUGGUGAGGUUCAUCAAGCUCACGGAUUGUGCUCCUCUUGCCAAAAUAUUUCAGGAACAGGAUAUUGAUGGCCAAGCUCUGCUUCUGCUGACCCUUCCAACAGUUCAGGAAUGCAUGGACCUGAAGCUUGGCCCUGCCAUCAAACUCUGCCACCAGAUUGAACGGGUCAAACUAGCCUUCUAUGCCCAGUAUGCCAACUGACCACCCUGGCUCCACAUUCUCCUAAGAGAGAACAAACUUAAUAAGUAACUAGAGUGAUGCUGAAUCGACCAAAAAUUAUAAAGAUGACCAUUGUAGAAGAUAAGGACUCAAGAUACAAGGAAGCUCAUAAACUACGGAUCAAGAGUCUAUGCUCUUCAGUGUGUUUGGGACUUCCAACUCACACAAUUCACUGUGUUUUGGACUUCAACUCCCACAAUUCGUAACAGCCUCAGGCCCUUUCCUUUU